UGUGGAUAUCCAUAAAACAAAUUUAAAAAUUAUUUCAAAGUGACGGAAAGGUUGUCCAAAACAAAAUCAACAUUCUCUUUUUACUCUGUUGUAUUGCAACUGUCAUUGGACAAAUUGCCGUCAAAUUUGUUUGAGGUUAGGUUUACUCGUUAUUAUAGAAUUUAUGUAAAUAGUGCAGAAGGAUGGCACGGUACAUUCAUUUUUAUCGAAAAAGUUUAACUUUUGCACAGAUAUUCAAUAAUGGUCCUUCAUAUUCAACGAGAAAUGUGUUAUUUUCUACAAACAAAUAUUUGUAUAAUACCCGUGGAUUUCAUACAUUUGGACUAUUGAAUAAUGAAGAGAAUAACGAGAAAAAUCAAAGUUCUAUUUCAAUAAAACAAUUAUAUCGCACCGAAUCUGCGGAAUUGAAUGACAUCGUGAGGAAAGUCGUAUCAAAUGUCCAGAAAGACGAAAUCAACGCUGCUAUAGAGAUUUAUAACGAAUGGAAUCAGAAAAAUGGUUUUGAUGAUUUUGUAUUUUUAACCCUGGUGAAUGGCUUGUUAAAAUGCAAACGAAUAGAUGAAGCAAAACAGAUAGUGACGCAAUUUGAUAGUAAUAGCUUGAAAUCACGAUCAAAUAAAGAUACUCACAUGAUAUUGUGUAGUAUAUUCGACUCGUUGAGCGAUCACUCAGAUUUAAAUGACAUGAUAUGGUUCGUGGAUAAUCUAAUAUUCAGCCGAAAACACGUCAAUCGAAGAGUUUUGGAGAUUAUCAUUAAAAAUGUCCUGCGGAAACAUAAAGAUGUGGAUGCUACAUUCAAUUUAUUUGAUCGGAUAGCUCAACAAUUCCAUGUGACGCCAUUAAGUCUGGUCUUAACGUGUGAGCUAAUUAAACUUAAUGAUAUUGAGAAAUUGGAGAAAUUAUUGGAAAUCAUAUCGAAAUUGCAUGGACAAGUCAAUGGUUUCUAUGAUAUGGCAUUUGCAUUCACAAUUUGCGGUCGUAUUGAUCAAGCGAAGCGGAUCUUCUGUUCUCUUGAGACGCAAGAUUCCAACAGAUUCGAAUACUUUAUUAACAAUCUGAAGCUACGACGACAAGUUGAAAAUUUGCGUAAUUUAUUAGCUGCAACCGCGAAUUGUGUGUCGAAAGAAUGUCGUGCAAACAUGUAUUCGGCAUUAUUAGAACUUUGUGCGUAUGAACAUAAUCCGAGGAAAAUCAUCGCGAAUGUAUGUUCGGCAAUGAACGAAGAACAGAUAAUACCCACGGAUGAAAGCAUUCAAAAAAUCAGAAAACUGAUGAAACGAACAAACAGUGAAAUUCCAAAGACAUGGAUACAAAUCCAGCCAAAUACAGACAAUACUGAAGUAAAGUUGCAAGCCCUUCUUAACGAAAAUAACAUACAAGAGGCAAAUACAAUUUUGUAUGAUUCUCUGAACUCGGAAACUCCGAUACAAAGGAAUAUCAUGAGAUACUGUUUGUUGAGAAAUGCAGAGAGCGGUUCCAUUGCAAUUUUUGAUGAUUUAAAACUGAAAUUUGACUCACAAACAAAAAUUCAGCUGAAAUUUUAUACGUACGAGUGUGCAGCAUACAUCAAGGCUGGUAAAAGCGAAGAAUAUAUGAAGAUUAUUCGUAAUGCCAAGAGUGGCAUGGAUUCGAAAGAAUUGGCCGUAAGCAUUUCGGAACGCGUCAUCGAUAUGAUUGAGUCAAAUCCGAAUAUUUAUGAAGAAUAUAAAGACAUUGCGUUGAAUUUUGCUGAUAAGGAUGUAGUGAAACCAAUUUGCCUUGCAUGGAUAUAUAAUUUCGUGAACAAUAAGAAUACUUCAGAUAAUGAAAUGAUAUGGAAUACAUAUUUGAAGCGUCAUCCCACGAUUGUCUGCAACCAGGUCACAAAAAUCCUUUUUCAACGGAACGAAGGAGAAAAACUUCGCGUAUUCUUAAAUUUAGACAAUUUAAACAAAAAAUACAUUGCAAAAUCUGAACUAGGUAAAGCAUAUAGUAGUCUGUUCGAUAAUCUUUUUUAUAAGGGUGACUAUGACACAAUCAUUGAAGAGUUGCAUAAGGCAAUUUUAUUUUUAUCAUUGAAAGAUUUCAAAUCAAACACCUUGAAUCGGAUUAAAUUGGGUCCAGACGAAUUUAGUAAACAAUUUUGGUCGGUGAUAAAUAAUAGUGGCAAUUAUAUCCAGUCUAAGAAAUAAAACUUUGUUAAACUUUAAAA